UUCAACUUGAAUAAAGCCGGGAAUCUCGCCAACAGACAACUAAAGGAGUUCCGCGUGUUCUAAAGGAGAAUCAUGCCGGUGAGGAGGGGACACGUCGCCCCCCAGAACACUUUCCUUGACACAAUCAUCCGGAAAUUCGAAGGACAAAAUCGUAAAUUCAUCAUCGCCAAUGCACGAGUGGAGAACUGUGCCAUCAUCUUCUGCAAUGACGGCUUCUGCCAUAUGUGUGGCUACACACGUGCUGAGGUCAUGCAGAAGCCGUGUACCUGCAGCUUCCUAUACGGGCCUCACACGGGAAGGUCUGCUGUGGCUCAGAUGGCUAAGGCCCUCCUGGGCUCUGAGGAGAGGAAGGUGGAGAUCUCCCUGUAUAGGAAAGACGGGGUGUGUUUUCCAUGCUUCGUGGAUGUGGUUCCAGUAAAAAACGAGGAUGGAAUGGUCAUCAUGUUCAUCCUGAACUUUGAGCUGGCAGACCAGCAGGACAGAGGAGCAAACACUUCACCACUAAAAGCUCGCACCGUCAAAUUGCCCAUUCCAUGGCUCUCUAAAGCUUGCAGCAGACCCAGGUUCAGGCUUCCCCGGCCUCUGCUGCACCCUCUGAGCGGCAAUAAGCAGUCUCUGCGCGAUGAUGCUGAGAUGGGUCACAUGCGGGAGAUGCCUCACAUGGGCCAUGAGUCCGUGGCUCUGGACAAGCUGCUGUCCCUUCCAGAACGCGCUGCACUAGAGGGGCCUCCGAUGCUCCUGUGGGAAGACGAGCCCCCGUCGGAGUCUCUCUCAGCACCGGCCCAGCCUUUGACCCAGGGUUUCUCUCUGUCCUCCCCCCGGCUGCACUGCCCCAAGCCAGAGACCUCACCCUCCAACUGCAGCAUGUCCCACAGCCGCUCCUGUGAAAGCCUGUGCAGCAUGCGCCGCUCUCCCUCAAAUGACUUCAACUGGGACAAAAAGCUGCUCAUCAGGCCCAACAGCACAGGUACCAUGCGUCGUAAAGGCAGCAUGCCCAACUCCACGUCAGACUCAGACCUGAUGCGGUUCCGCACAUUAAAUACAGGUCCUGCAACAACGCACAACUUAAUAGACUUCAAGUCGGACCCCUUGGUAACUCUCCCUCCGAGCGAAAUUGACAUCAUUGCUCCCUGCAAACUGAUCGACCGCACCCAUAACGUGACUGAAAGAGUUACUCAGGUACUUUCUUUGGGUGAUGAUGUCCUUCCUGAGUACAAGCUCCAGGCUCCCCGUAUUCACAAAUGGACCAUCCUGCACUAUAGUCCCUUCAAGGCUGUGUGGGACUGGGUCAUUCUGCUGCUGGUCAUCUACACAGCCAUCUUCACACCCUACUCAGCAUCCUUCUUGCUCAGUGACGAGGAGGAGGCUGCCAUGCAGCGCUGUGGCUACUCCUGCAGUCCUCUCAAUGUGGUGGAUCUCAUUGUGGACAUCAUGUUUGUUGUUGAUAUUGUCAUUAACUUUCGCACAACAUACGUCAAUACCAAUGAUGAGGUGGUCAGUCAGCCUGGCCGUAUUGCUGUCCACUACUUUAAAGGUUGGUUUCUCAUUGACUUGGUGGCUGCAAUUCCAUUUGACUUGCUUAUCUACCGGUCUGGGGAGGAGACAACAACUCUGAUUGGUCUGCUGAAGACUGCUCGGCUACUCAGACUGGUGCGUGUGGCGCGGAAACUGGAUCGGUACUCAGAGUACGGGGCAGCAGUGCUCUUCCUGCUCAUGUGCACCUUUGCUCUGAUUGCUCACUGGCUGGCUUGCAUCUGGUAUGCGAUAGGAAAUGUAGAAAGAAGUGGCUCAUCUCGAAUUGGCUGGCUAGACUCGCUGGGUGAACAGCUUGGCAAGCCCUAUAAUGUGACUAUUCCAGGUUCAGGACCAUCAACAAAAGACAAGUAUGUCACGGCUCUUUACUUCACCUUCAGCAGCCUGACUAGUGUGGGUUUUGGAAAUGUCUCCCCAAACACUAACUCCGAGAAGAUCUUCUCCAUCUGUGUUAUGCUCAUUGGUGCACUGAUGUAUGCCAGUAUUUUUGGAAAUGUAUCAGCAAUUAUCCAGAGACUUUACUCUGGAACUGCUCGCUACCACACCCAGAUGCUCCGAGUUCGAGAGUUUAUUCGCUUUCAUCAGAUCCCUAAUCCACUCAGACAGAGACUAGAGGAAUAUUUCCAACAUGCCUGGUCCUACACCAACGGUAUUGACAUGAAUGCUGUUCUAAAGGGCUUCCCUGAAUGCUUGCAGGCAGACAUCUGUCUGCACCUGAACCGGGCUCUACUGCAAAACUGCAAAGCCUUCAAAGGCUCUACCAAAGGCUGCUUACGCGCCCUAGCUAUGAAGUUCAAGACAACUCAUGCCCCACCGGGAGACACUUUAGUCCAUGCAGGCGAUGUCAUUUCAGCCCUUUACUUCAUCUCCCGAGGCUCCAUCGAAAUCCUGAGGGGAGAUGUGGUAGUAGCCAUUUUGGGAAAAAAUGAUAUAUUUGGGGAACCCAUUAACUUGUAUGCACGUCCUGGGAAGUCCAGUGCUGAUGUCCGAGCACUAACCUAUUGUGACCUGCACAAGAUCCACAGAGAGGAUAUGCUGGAAGUCCUGGACAUGUACCCGGAGUUCUCUGAUUACUUUUGGAGCAAUUUGGAGAUCACCUUCAACCUCAGAGAUGUUAGUUUUAUUUCCGGGUCAGUGAACAGUGAGGAGUCAGACAAGGCCUGUCUGAACCGUCAUCUGCAGAGAUCAAGGCUGUCCUGUCGCAACAAUGAGAAAGUGAAGGCAGAACCCAAACGCAACAGAACAACUCUCCAGCCUCUGAGCCAGAAGAGCAGGCAGCAAGAGGACAAAGAACACAAAGUUCAUGAGGACUCAGGCUCCUCAUCCUCACACCCCAGCAGUGAUGAUGAGGAUGAAUCUAAAGAAACCUCCACUCUAGUGGGCUUUUUUCAGAGUCACGCUCCAAGCUUCAACAUCAGCAAUAAAAGAGAGCAAAACAGCUGUAACACUCUCUCAGGAACUUUUUCAGGGAUCUCCAACAUUUUCAGUUUCUGGGGAGAAAGUCAAGGGCAUCAGUACCAGGAGGUGCCCAGCCACAGCAUGUCCUGUCCUCCUCCCUCACCCCCACACAGCGCUUUCUUGCACAAUAUAACCCACCAUCAACGCAGUGAGGUGGAAAACAGGCUGGAACUGCUGCAGAGGCAGCUUAACAGAUUGGAGUCCCGUAUGUCCACAGACAUUGGAGCCAUCAUGCAGGUUCUUCAGCGACAGAUGUCAUUGGUUCCACCGGCCUACAGCACUGUGACCUCUCCACCUGAAUCAUCUCCAAAACCACCAAAAUCUGGACAAAAGCUAGUGCAACCAGUCAACCCUUUAGAAAUGGAAACACCACCCACUCUCUCACCGAUACUUGAUCCUAAGGAUGUUGGUGACAUUUCUGCAAAGCCUUGUGAGUCACUGCAGCAUACUGAGGAACUCCAGCUGUUGGACUGUCCACUGGACUCCUCUCCUGAGAGUUUAGUGUCUGACCCACACAUCCAAAGAGCAGACACAGGGCCACUGAGCAUUACUAGUAGCCCUGAGAGGAUCUCCCAUGUCAUAAGCUCUCAACCUGACAGACAGCCAAUGACGGGUCUUCUAGGGAAUUCUACCCUGGGAAGGAGCUUUCAUGAAUCUAUUAGCCAUCACUAUGCUCAAAAGAGGCAAGAUUUGAUGCCUUCUGAAUGCGGAAGACGGCUUUCUUUGCAAGGGCCACACCCCAUGGAGAAGUGCUCCUCCAUUCAGAAGAGACAUGCCUCUGAUCCUGGAUGUUAAGCGCAGGAUAUUUGCUUCAUUUUCAGACUGAAAAAAACUCUUGCUGCCAGUGGGAGUGUGAGUUUGUAAGCUGGUAUGUUUUAGUUUUAUAUGGACUACAUCAGGAAUUAUUGUUUAAUGUACAGAAGCGACUGAUGUUCCCAGUGUUGGAUAAACUGUUUGUGUUAGCCGGUCUAACAAUUCCUAGUGUUGUUGUUUUGUGGUUCAGUCCCUGCUUAAUGUCAGUGUCAACUUUUGUUUUUAUUUUAGUGGAAAGAGCUCUUUUACAUUAACUGGUAUGAGUAAAUGCUAUGAAAACAGUUUGCAAAUAUUAUUACAUGUGGUAGUCAUAACUGUGCUUUUUUUAUGGUUUCAGACCGAGCAAUAUUGUCCCUCAAAGUACGGUAAACCUUUUUCUGACAAUGCAAUGUGCUUUGAGUCUCACUCAGGUAGUAAAAGAAAAGCACACUGGUCUAGUUGUGUUAAAAUACUCAUACUGAGUAAUUCUCAGUGAUACUCAGUAAUUCCUGUGCUAUAUGAUGUUGUGAAUGCAGUUAAAAUGAACCGUCUCAUGACUGAAAUUACAGAUGUGAAUGUGAUGAAAAGUAUCUUUAAAAAAUGUAAUUGGUUCAUGCCUCAUUUUCUCUGUUUAUAACUAAAACCUGCAUUUAAAUGAACAGUAUCCUAGACCACUGCAAUACAAAGACAUUUCUUUAAUAAUGUUCCUGAGUACAGCUUAUGAUGUAAAAGUGUACUACAUGAUCUAGUCUGAUGUGCUGUAGAAAUCUGAAUAGGAGUGUUUAUUGAAUAGUUACAGACUGAGAACUGUAGAUAUCUCAAACUAUAGCUAACAAUCUGUGAUUGAAAGACUACAGAAAUGUACUAGUCAACUAGAAAAUUUUCAGAGCAAACAGAUAUGCUUCCCCAGGAAUUGACUUGAAUAUGAAUAAAAAAAUGAAUAACAAUAUAACUCACAUUACUUUAAAAGUGAGUAUACAGGCGGUGGACAAAAUAAGAGAAACACCACAUGAAGGCACUAAAACACAAUUACAAAGCAUGAUCUAGAUUUUGCAGUGAUUUUAUAGAAGAAAGAAACUACUAAAAUGAAUGUGAUUCAUCUAAGAAAGACUAGAGGUGGGCGAUAUGGCAAAAAUAUAUAAUGAUACUUCAAGAAAUUUUCACAAUGCAUGAUAGGUCAAAAUAUUUUUUUUUAAAUAUUUGAUCCGUUUUUAAAAACACAAUG